AUGCAAGCUCUCCUCAGGCAAGAGCUGAAAAACCGCCUGAUUCAUGAAGGUAUUGGAAGGGGUGCUGGAAUACCAUUGGAGAACUCCAUUUUUCAUCAUCUUGUGAUGAAAACUACUCUCCAAUUAAGCGACAUCAAGACAAUUCAGUACGACAGAACAGGACCAUCUGCAUACUCCGGAGACAAAUGGAAAUUCCACCGCAGGAGAAAAGGAAUCAAAUGUACUUGUGGCACAAAACAAGAUGACGGUACAGAGGACAGUGGCACAGAGCGCAAGGAUGCAGAGGAUGAUGAUACAGAUGACAAGGAUGCAGAGGAUGAUGUUACAGAGGAUGAUGAUACAGAUAUCGAUGAUGGAGAGAUCAAGGGUGCAGCGCUUGGCAUAGAGCCCUCUUUUGACUCGGUGAUCCAUGGCCAAUCUGAAACAGAAACAUGGAGUUCCCAAGAGCACCAGCCUUCUAGAUCGAAGAAAAGGCACAGACAGGUGCCUGUGAGAACCAAAAAAGAGUUUCAACGUCUCUUUUACACCAUCCAGUAUCACCUGCAUCACAAACUGAAACCCCACCUCCCUUUCAACAUCUCGGCUGGAUCCCGGUACUGGUCUGCAGAGUUCUCCACCUCUCCUAUACCAGACGAAUACAACUGCCAGAAGCCCGACAUAGCCCUGUUUGACUUCACCAUCAAAAACAUGGGGAAGACAUGGACAGAUGUCCUGUCCUUUGUUGAGCAUACCUCCAGUGAUCUUGCUAAAAAGUGA